AUGUUUGAAACCCAGACUCCGGUCAGCCCUCUUCAUCAGACCCUGCAGACUUCCGACAGUGAUUUCGUGGCAGCCCCAGGAGCACAGACAUCCCUCAGUAAAUCUAUACCAACCGUCGAUCAGAACCAGCUGAAGAAGCUUACUUGUCCCCGGUGCAUCAAAGCAGGAUUUCUUGACGCUCCUCCGCACGCCAGCAUUCGAAGCAAGCACUGUAGGUUCAACAAGAACAAGACUUCGGACACUGCUGUGUUUCUCAAUGAGAGGACGGGUGCGGCGGAAGGGUUGGGGGCUGCUACCGUAUCUACAGUGGAAAAGGAUUCUACGGUCGCAGCUGUGAAGAACUCACCGUUUGCUGUGUUGGAGAGGAGCCCAAUGCCUGCUGUGGUGGAAAAGGAGUCAGCGGUAGAUGGUUCAGGAGUUGACCAGGAUUCAACAGUCGCUGUUGUUGACAAGGAUUCUACGGCUGUUGUUGAGGGUUCAACGGUUGAGGAAGAAUUGACGGAUGCUGUUGAGGGUUCAGCUGGUGAGGAGGAAUCAACAGGCGCUGUUGAGAUGGAAUCAACGGAGGCGCCAAGUCAACGGACGCCCAUGGCUAGCCGUGGUGAUCUUAUUGCUGGUUUCGCGUAUUUUGUUGCUGAAAAGUUCUGGUUUUUCUUGCACAGCUUUGUUAACCGAACGAUCUCGCCUUGUUCAGCACUUGAGAAAGUACGAAGAAUGGCUGCGAUUUACAGGGCUAACUAUCAAGAGGCGCAGGGCGUCAAUCGGCCCAAGUCCAUUGCGUAUCUUCGACGCCAACAAAUCGGACAGGCUUUGGACUAUGGUCACCUCGACGCGUAUGGACGUCCCAAUGUGAAGUACGCAUGGAACAGGAACAUUCAUCAGCGGGAUCUUGCAACUAAACAGAACUAUGUUGACCCAAAGCACGAGACGGUCAUCUCCUCAGUUGAAGAGCUGAAGCUCAACGCAGCUAAGCUCCAAACCAGGGCUUACAAAGACGCUAUGGAGUUUCUAAAAGCUGAGAAGGGUUUUCGCGAACGGGAACUUUUCCUGGAUCGCAUUACGCCUUCGAGGAGGCCGGGAACGGCGGUUUCGGUUGGCACCUCCACCUCUACGAGCGGACUUCCUAUCCCGGAUCAAACAGGAUAUGUUUACAACUAUCCGGCUGAAGUGACCGCACAAACAGGGCUCCAAUUUCAAGCUCCUGCUGGAGGUAAGGAGGUCCCCGAGGAAAAGCUGAACCUCAACACUAAGAAUAUGAACCCCAUGAUCCAGACACGGGAGACUGAGAUCCGGUUGGAUCCGGUUGACAGGACCUAUAGAGUAGGCGUCGCUUCAAGAGUCGUGGAUCGGCCCCCAAAGUUCACUCCACCGAAGGCCGAUCGGUAUGGGCUCAGCCCAUAA